AUGACGGAGUUGGAUUUUGCUUAUAAACCUGGGGAUAUUGUUAACGCCACUUAUACAUUCAGAAAACAUAAAAAUGAGGAUUUGUCCUUUCAUCGUAAUGAGGCCUUACGCAUUUUAAAUAUUUCUAAGGACUCGAACUGGGCACAUGCCAAAAAUUCCGUUGGGGAAACCGGAUUAAUACCCCUGAAUUAUGUGCAGCUAUCCCAUUGCGGCCACGGCCUCCAUACCGAACGGUGGUAUCAUGGCCGCAUAUCUCGUGCUGAAUCGGAAUAUCUCCUUUCCGGUUAUCCUCCGGGCAGUUUCCUGGUUCGACAUUCCGAUCUGUUCACCGGUGAUCUCACUCUCUGCGUCGUCGGUCCUUCCACUGAAUACCCAGAUAUCUCCACACUCCACUGUGUAAAUGGGACGAAUGCAGAUCGUUCCCCACUGACCAAUGUUCAGCAUUACCACAUAGUGUGCAAGCCUCAUAACCCCGAUUCCACAUUGCCUGCAGAAUCCGCUGUUACUUACAGCUUAGAUGAGGUUGAUUGGUUUACCUCCCUUCCAGACUUGAUACGAUACUACUCUGUGCCGGACAGUGGCCUCGUGUCCUCCCUUAAGCAUCCAGUGCCCGAUAUGCAACGGCAGAGACUCCGUCAACUGCGCGAUCGUGGUUGGAUCAUCACUAGGAAAGAUCUCGUACUUGGCGAUCAAAUUGGCCGGGGUGAAUUCGGAGUUUCUUCUACAAGCAUCUGCCAACAAACAUUGCAUCCAAUUGCAUAUCCCAUUCACAUUUCACUUGCCCUCUUCCUUCCCUCGUUUCACAGCAACCUGAAUCAUCCCAACUUGGUGUCCUUUGUGGGUAUCGUCUAUGAGCCGGAGGUUGAAGCCAUCUAUUUAGUGACAGAGUAUUUGGCGCAGGGCAAUUUGCUUACCUUUCUUCAUUCACGCACACGGGACGAGGUUACCGAGACGGACAAAUUGCAGUUUAGUAUCGAUGUAUGUCGUGGUUUGACCUAUCUGGAAGAUCGUUGCAUUGUGCAUCGUGAUAUUGCCGCUCGAAACAUACUUCUUUCCGGACAGUCUCCUCACCUGACUGCUAAAGUGGCCGACUUUGGUAUGGCGCGCGAUUUGUGCCACUCAAGCCCGUCUCCUCCACCGUUCCGACCGCCAACCAGCGCGCCACCAUCGUGGCCACAUCAGCCAGAUCUGCUGAGACUCGACGAUCAUCCGCAUGGUUCAUCUCCUCCGACUUCUGAAGCUGACUUGUCCGGUGGCGGCUUGCGUCAUAUCGGACUGCAUGAUAGUGCAGCCAUUCCCAUUAAGUGGACCGCCCCUGAAGCUGUACGCGAGCGGCUUUUCACGAACAAAUCCGACGUUUGGAGCUUCGGUGUCCUUCUAUGGGAGAUCUACUCUUUUGGCAGGAUUCCCUACCCUCGAAUGAUGGCGAAUCAAGCUCUUCGCCAAAUCGUCGCGGGUUACCGCAUGAAGGCCCCCGAAGGUUGCCCGACCCAAAUCUAUCGUCUGAUGCGUCGUACUUGGCACAUAAAUCCCGAUGAAAGACCAUGUUUCAGCUCCAUCCUUGAGGAGUUACAGUCUCUAUCAAAGCAGUACGCUAACGACCCUCCAUUUUCCCCCACUUGGCGCGCACAAGAUAGAGCCGUCGACAUUCCGGCAUUUACGCUCUCUUUACCGAACGAGAACCCGUGGAACAGCAAACAAACGAAACGAUCCAGUUUGUUGGACCCAAAGAGAACUCUCCAAUCUUCUGAGUCCUACGAAAAUGUGGAUAACAAUCACGGUUCAACCAUUCCCCGUGGACAAAGACACCAUCCCUCACCAACCUCUUUGUCCUCCGUAAUGAGUCGUUCUUUCACGAUGACCGGUUCAGAUGGAGAUGUACAAAACCAAGCAUCUCCGUCGUUGACCACCAGUUCAGAAGCCUCAAGACCCAACGCAUUUUGUCUACCCAAAUUUGAGCGCGUCCGACACUAG